AAGGAGACGCGGCCGCGUGAGGACGAGGCGAUUUGAAAACACGCUCUGAGAGAGAGCGAAAAGCCUGCGGCCGGCGGUACGCGGCGUGGUCCCUCGGGGUUUGGCGCUCGCUCGCUCUCCGCCUUGUCUCCGCGGCCCGGAUCCGUCCGGGCUCUCAGCACUCAAGAAUGACCAAAAAGAGGAAACGCCAAGAUGAUUUUCAGAAAGUAAAACUGAAAGUUGGUAAAAAGAAGCCCAAGUUAGAAAAUGCUACGGCUACAAACUUUAAGACCAAGGCUAUCCAUUUGCCUGAACAACUUAAAGAGGAUAGAACACUUCCAACCAACAAUAGAAAACUUAACAUAAAGGAUUUGCUGUCACAGAUGCAUCACUAUAAUGCCGGUGUUAAACAAAGUGCUCUUGUCGGACUUAAAGAUCUUUUCUCUCAGUACCCAUUUAUAAUUGAUGCACACCUUUCAAACAUAAUAAGUGAGGUGACUGCUGUGUUUACAGAUAGAGAUGCUAAUGUACGGUUAGCAGCAGUUCAGCUGCUUCAAUUCCUGGCCCCCAAAAUACGACCUGAACAAAUUUCUCCAUUUUUUCCUUUGGUAAGUGCCCAUCUCUCUAGUGCCAUGACUCACAUUACUGAAGCAAUUCAGGAGGACUCUUUGAAAGUUUUGGACGUUCUGCUGGAGCAUUACCCUGCUCUCAUUACUGCCCGUAGCAAUAUAUUGCUUAAGAAUUUUGUAGAGCUCAUUUCUCAUCAGCAGCUGUCCAAAGGACUGCUAAAUAGAGACAGGUCCCAGCCCUGGAUACUUUCUGUAAACCCUAAUCGGAGAGUCACUUCUCAGCAAUGGAGGCUCAAAGUCUUAGCAAGACUCAGUAAAUUCCUUCAGGCCUUGGCAGAUGGAUCCAGUAGGUUGAGAGAAAGUGAAGGACUUCAGGAACAAAAAGAAACUCCCCAUGCCACUAGCAACUCCAUUUUUAUCAACUGGAAGGAUCAUGCCAACGACCAGCAACAGAUCCAGGUUUAUGAAAAUGGGGGUUCACAGCCAAAUGUCAGUUCACAGUUCAGGCUACGGUACUUGGUGGGAACACUAGGCGCUGUGGAUGAAGACCUGUCGUCCCCUGAAAAUCUGAAAGGAUUCAUUGAGAUAAUAAUUCCAUUGCUAAUUGAAUGCUGGAUUGAAGCUUUACCUCCACAACUGACUGCUUCUGUUGGACAUGGUGUAGAGCGAGAGCCGCUACAGGUUAUGCAGCAAGUCCUGAAUGUUAUUUCCCUGUUGUGGAAACUCUCAAAGCUUCAGGAUGAAACCCAUACGUUGGAGUCAUGGCUUCGAAAGAAUUAUCUUACUGAUUUCAAACAUCAUUUUAUGAGUCAUUUUCCAUAUGCCUUAAAAGAAAUAACCAAGCAACGAAAGAAAGAGACAAAUAAAAGCAUCAAGCAUUGCACAGUUCUCUCCAAUAAUGUAGAUCAUCUUCUAUUGAACUUAACGCUGUCUGAUAUCAUGGUCUCACUGGCAAAUGCCUCAACUUUGAAGAAUGAUUCCAGUUGGAUAGAGACAAUAAGGAAAUUUGUGACGGAGACCCUUAAAGGUGGUGUUAGGCUGAACAGUAAACAGCUGAACAGAUUGCUUGGAGUCUCUUGGAGAUUAAUUCAGAUGCAGCCAAACAGAGAGGCUACGGAGAGUCUCAUUAAGGCAGUUUAUGCACUGUAUCAACAGAGGGGCCUGCUUCUUCCAGUCAGGACCUUGUUAAUCAAGUUUUUCAGUAAAAUCUAUCAGAAAGAAGAACUGAGAUCUUACAGAGUGAGAUACCGAAGCAGAGUGCUAUCCCGUUGGCUGGCUGGCCUGCCGUUGCAGCUGUCUCACCUUGGCUCCCGAAACCCCGAGCUGUCCACACAGCUAAUUGAUAUCAUUCAUACUGCAGCAUCACAAGCAAAUAAGGACUUACUGAAAAGCUUACAAGCCGCUGCUUUACGAAUUUAUGAUCCUCAAGAAGGCGCUGUGGUCGUUCUUCCUGCAGAGUCUCAGCAACGUUUGGUUCAGCUUUUGUAUUUUCUACCCACUCUGCCUGCUGAUUUGCUUUCUCGGUUAAGUCGGUGCUGCAUUAUGGGAAGACUGGGUUCAAGUUUGGCUGGCACACUUAUUGGGAUACUGUACAUGAGAUCUUCCUUUUCUGGAUGGAGCCACUCGGUUAAUGACUGCUUAAUCACUGAUGCAGACUAUCUCAGCUUCUUAUUUUCCAUAGUUACAGGGUUUUCAAAAGAGGAGUUGGCCUGGCUUCAGAACCUUCGAGGAGUUCCUCAUGUCAUCCAGACAUCGCUUUCCCCCGUGCUUCUGUACCUUACAGACUUGGACCAGUUUUUACACCAUUGGGAUAUAACAGAGACUGCCAUCAGUAAGCAUUUGGUUGGGUUGACCGUAAUUCCUGACAGCACAGCUGGCUGUAUAUUUGGAGUGAUGUGUAAGCUUCUGGAUCAUACAUGUGUAGUUAGUGACAGUCUCCUGCCAUUCCUGGCUUCUUGCUGCUACAGCCUUCUUUAUUUUCUGCUUACUCUAGAGAAAGGGGAAGCAGAACAUCUGAAAAAGAGGGACAAGUUGUGGGGGGUUUGUGUCUCCAUCCUAGCUCUCCUGCCUCGAGUCCUCCGGUUGAUGCUGCAGAGCCUACGGGUGAACAGAGCUUCUCCUGAGGAGCUGCCUGUUGUGGGCCAGCUGCUUCGCCUGCUGCUUCAGCACGUGCCACUUAGGUCGCACAUGCUGACUAAUGCCAUCAUAGUGCAGCAGAUUAUCAAGAAUAUCACGACUUUGAAGAGUGGCAGUGUUCAGGAGCAGUGGCUUACAGACUUACAUUACUGCUUCAGCGUGUACAUCAGUGGCCAUCCCCAGGGGCCUAGUAUAUUGAAUGCAUUGUAUUAAAAAAGCACAUGGUACCUCCUGUUUGAAACUGUUCAUGCAUAUCCAUUUAUUUUGAAGAGAGACUGAUGUAAUAGAUGUUUGUCAUUAAAGCUAAACUUUUAAAGAAGUUGUUCAUG